ACACCUUGCCAUAUCUACCUUGUAUUAUGUCAUAUUGCUACCACCAGCAUAUACACAUACCUUGGCUUGCUGACGGGCGAGCUGUCAGGUAGCCCGCCACUCGAUCGGGGAUUAAGUUGCUGACUACGGAGAAGGACGGACGCGAAUCUUACAACUGGCGACGAUUGGAAAAAUCGAGGAAAUUAGAGAUGGAGGAAUCGCGAGCUGUUCCACCCUUUCGUUGCGAUAGGAUCGAAACGGGAAAGCUUGCUCGGGAGUGGAAAGCGUGGAAGGAGUCCCUAGAGUGUUACUUUGCUGCCUAUGAUAUAACCGAUCAAAAGGUUAUGCGUGCGAAGUUGCUCCACCUGGGCGGCACUGCCUUGCAGUCGGUAUUCAAGAACCUUAAAGACCACGACCACGUCCCACUGGUAGCACUUGUUCCACGAUGGUACGAUGUGGCGGUGGAGAAACUCGAUGAAUUUUUCGAGCCACGGCAUCAAAGUACCUCCGAACGCAGAAAGCUCCGGCUGAUGAAGCAGAACCCUGGUGAGAGGUUUGCGGACUAUAUCAUUCGACUCAAGCAGCAAGCUGCCGAAUGCGGAUUUGAGAAAUACGGAGCCGAGAUCGAAGAAGUCUUGAAGGACAUUUAUCUUACCGACGCUGUGGUCGAAGGAUGCUCUUCAAAUGAAGUACGCAGGAUGAUUUUGCUAAAGGAUUUACCCUUCGCGGACAUUGAAGCGAUUGGUAUGACCCAAGAAAGCGUGGAUCAGCAGAUGGUUGAGAUUACUUCGACCCAGUCGGCAUCUCACUCAGGAGAGAAAAUAUUCCGUGUCCAUCCACAAUCUCGAGACCACCGCGCAGCUCCCAGCAAUGACACCAACAACACGUGGCAGAUAAAGACAUGUUUCAAUUGUGGCCGUACUGGACAUUUUUCAACUGCUUUAAAAUGCCCAGCACGGGGUAAAGAAUGCCGCAACUGUAAAACAUACGGCCAUUUCGAGAAGCAAUGUCGUAAACGGAAGUCGCUGCGCACAGGACCCUCGGAGAAGAAGGUUCGGGUGAUUGAAACCGUCAGCACGGACAACGCUCCACGUGUCGAGCCACUUGAGGACGAAUACCAAGAAAACUCUACGCCGGAUAAGGUGUACUACGCCUUUUACUCAGGUAACGAAUCGAAUGUGCUUACCUGCGUCGUCGGUGGUAUCCCAACGCAGAUGUUGGUUGAUUCUGGCGCUGAUGCCAACUUGAUUAGUGAGGUGGUGUGGACGAAAAUGAAAAAGGACAACGUUGCGGUGUAUUCUUCAAAGAAAGGAAGCAAUCGGGUGCUGCGGGCCUAUGGAAGCAACAAUCCUCUGACCAUUUUGGGAUCCUUCGUUGCGGACAUAUCAGUGGGUGUUAAGACCGUUCAAGCUGAAUUUCUCGUCGUUAAAGGCGGUCAACGGUGCCUGCUCGGGGACUUGACGGCAAAGCAACUUGGAGUGUUGCAUGUAGGACUGCCCGUUAAUCGUGUCGAGAUUUCUGCGCGUCCAUUCGGAAAAAUCAAGGGAAUCAAGGCUUACAUUCACAUGGACCCCGAAGCUGUUCCGGUAUUUCAACCUAUGCGCCGGAUUCCUUUGCCGUUGGAGGAGGCUGUCGCCAAGAAAAUCGAUGAAUUACUGAAGCGUGAUAUCAUCGAGGUCAAAAAGGGUCCCACCAGCUGGGUAUCUCCUCUGGUUGUCGUAGGAAAAGCAAACGGCGAACCGCGAUUGUGCGUUGAUCUUCGGCGAGUGAACGAGGCUGUUCUCCGCGAGCAUCACCCGAUGCCUGUCGUUGAGGACUACAUUGCGCGAUUGGGAAGAGGAUCUGUUUGGAGCAAGCUAGAUAUUCGUGAGGCGUUUCUGCAAAUCGAACUAGCAGAAGAUUCUCGAGACGUUACAACUUUUAUGACCAACCGAGGACUAUUCCGCUUUAAGCGAUUGCCGUUUGGCUUGGUAACGGCACCAGAGCUUUUCCAAAAAGCGAUGGACGAGAUGUUGGCAGACUGUAGCGGCACCUAUUGGUACCUCGAUGACAUCAUCGUCGAGGGAAAGGACGUCGAAGAACAUGAUAAUCGUCUUGAGAAGGUUCUUUCUAGAUUGAAGGAUAGGGAAGUUGAGCUCAAAUGGGAAAAAUGUCAGCUGCGCGUGGACGAAUUGGAAUUCUUGGGGUAUCACAUCUCCAAACAGGGAAUUAGGCCUUCCGAGGCGAAAGUAGCAGCCCUAAUGUCAUUCCGCGAGCCUCAGAAUGAAGCAGAGGUACGUAGCUUUCUCGGCUUAGCAAAUUAUCUGAAUAGAUUUAUCCCACACCUUGCUACUAUUGAUGAACCGUUGCGCAAACUUUUGGUCAAGAGUACUAAAUUCGAAUGGGGUACAAGAGAAUCCGAUUCUUUUCAAGCAAUCAAAACUGCACUGAGUAACGUGAGUAUUUUAGGAUUCUAUCGAGUAGAAGACCAUACAGCUGUUGUUGCCGAUGCCAGCCCUUCUGGGCUAGGAGCUGUUCUACUCCAAUUCGACCAUGAAAAUAAGCAACGCGUCAUCAGCUUUUCAUCCAAAUCCUUAACAGAAACCGAACGACGGUACUGUCAAACUGAAAAGGAAGCGUUAGCCGUCGUUUGGAGCGUGGAACGCUUCCAGUACUAUCUACUUGGAAAGAAGUUUGACAUUAUGACUGACUGUAAGGUUCUUGAACUUCUGUUUUCUAAGCGCUCAAGACCUUGCGCACGCAUAGAACGCUGGGUCCUGCGACUGCAAACAUUCGACUACUACAUCGUACACGUCUCUGGUGAUAAAAACAUAGCUGAUCCUCUGUCUCGCUUAGCUGUCCAAGAGCCGAAACCUUUCGAUCCUGCGGAGGAAAUAUUCGUUCGUGAAGUAGCCAUGCAAUCAGCUAAUUGUGCAGCACUUACAUGGAACGAAAUAUUGAAGGCUUCAGAGGCCGACAACGAGAUUCUUGAGGUUUUAGAUAUUCUAAAGGAUGGCAAUCUACAGAACUUGCCUGUAGAGUACAGGGUAGUUGCCAAUGAGUUGUGCAGCUUCCAAGGAGUGCUGCUACGAAGCGACCGAAUCGUUAUACCUGUUUCAUUGAGGGAAAAAGUACUAACAACAGCUCACGAAGGCCAUCCCGGUAUCGUGAUGAUGAAGGGGCACCUGAGAUCCAACGUGUGGUGGCCCAAAAUGGACCAGGCAGUGGAACGAUUCGUCAAGCGCUGCAGAGGCUGUGCAUUAGUUGCUGCACCAGAACCACCAGAGCCGAUGAAUCGUAGUCGUCUUCCUACAUCCCCUUGGCAAACUCUAGCGCUUGAUUUUUUAGGUCAACUACCUGAGGGACAACACUCGUUGGUUGUAGUUGACUGCUACAGCCGGUACAUAGAGGUAGUUGAAAUGGAAACAACGACUACGAAAGAUGUUAUGCGGGAGUUAAUGAUCAUGUUUAGUCGGUAUGGCAUUCCAUCCUUCUUGAAGGCCGAUAACGCGCCACAGAUUAGUUCGGAUUGUGAGGAAUUUCGGGAGUUUUGUUCGACUAACGGAAUUAAGCUGCUGAACACCAUACCCUACUGGCCUCAAUCCAACGGAGAGGUAGAAAGGCAAAAUCGGUCGAUUUUAAAACGCCUUCGUAUCUCACAGGAACUCGGGAAGGAUUGGAGAAACGAGCUACGGCUGUAUUUACUAACAUAUCAUUCCUCCAAGCAUCCAACCACAGGAAAAUCUCCAGGAGAGUUGAUGUUUGGACGCCCGAUCAAAAGCAAACUACCGACCAUUUCAAACUUUCCUGAAGACGGAGAAGUGCGCGAGAGAGAUGCUCUCGUCAAAGAAAAGGGGAGAGAGUAUAGUGACAGAAAGCGGCAUGCAAAAGAAAGCGAUAUACGACAGGGGGAUGUUGUACUCGCUAAACGGAUGCGCAAAGCGAAUAAAUUGGACACAGAGUUUUCGAACGAAGAGUUCGUAGUUCAGCGUAAAGAGGGGACUGAUACCCUUAUACAGUCAAAGCUCACUGGUAAACAAUACAGGCGUAGUUCGGCGCACCUGAAGAAGAUCGAGGACCAAGAAACCAUACAGGAGACUCACAGCGAUGAACUACGAGAAGUUCCGGAUCUUAUGCCGGCAACGGCUCAACAUGAAUCCGGACCUAUGACGGAAACAGAAAACACACCAUCGGAGACAGCAUCUUCCCUAAGACCUUCAACUACACGACGAAGGAAUGCACCGUCGAAGUACCAAGACUAUGUUCCGCAUUGAUUUUCAGAUUUUGGAACAUUAUUAAAUAAAUCUCUAAUCGUUAAACUAUUUUGCAUUUUUAUUUCAAAGGAGGGAUUGUAGUGUAUUGAUUAUUAUUCAGGAUUGGAAUAGUUCUCUGCACACCUUGCCAUAUCUACCUUGUAUUAUGUCAUAUUGCUACCACCAGCAUAUACACAUACCUUGGCUUGCUGACGGGCGAGCUGUCAGGUAGCCCGCCACUCGAUCGGGGAUUAAGUUGCUGAC